UCUGAUUUCCGGGUUGGCGAGUUUCUGCAGGCUGUCAUGUCAUUACUAGAGACAGACGACACUUAUGAUUUCGUCUUUAAAAUCGUGUUGGUCGGGGAUGUCGGCGUGGGAAAAACCUGCGUGGUCCAGAGGUUUAAGACCGGCACCUUCAUCGAAAGACAAGGAAACACAAUCGGAGUGGACUUUACAAUGAAGACCAUGGACAUCCAGGGCAAAAGAGUCAAGUUGCAGAUUUGGGACACAGCAGGGCAGGAGAGGUUUCGGACCAUUACGCAGAGCUACUACCGCAGCACGAACGGGGCCAUAAUCACAUACGACAUCACCAAAAGAGCAUCCUUCAUGUCUGUGCCCAGAUGGAUGGAGGAUAUCAAGAAAUAUGGUGGCUCUAAUAUUGCCACGCUUUUAAUAGGUAAUAAAUCCGACUUAUCUGACGAGCGUGAUGUUUCGUUUGAGGAAGCUCAGGCGAUGGCUCACCAGCUGGACUUCAUUAGCGCCGUCGAAACGUCUGCCAAAGACUCCAGCAACGUGGAUGAAGCGUUUAAUCAUAUGGCAGAUGAGCUGAUGCUGAGACACGGCGGGCCCGUGUUCAGAGACAGCGUAACCGACAGCUUCAAGCUCAACAGCAAGGAUGUGAGCGCAGAGGCCUGGAGCUGUAGCAGCUGUUGAUGCUGGUUUUAAAUUUUAUGUUUUAUUUUGUUUUUUAAGUCAUGUUGGCCUGCAACUUAUCACAGGGCUCCUUUAUGUGAAUCCUGGUUUAACCAGCAAUGUUGACAGAAUCUUCAGUUGUUAAUUGAUUAAAUGAUCUACACCUCCGAUUUUCAGGAAGUGCUAGCUGGCCAUAUCAGGCACAAAACUUCAAAUCGACGUUUUAAGAAAGGCGAAGAAGUAAGAAAGGAGUAGUGGAAAAUGCAAUGCACAGAAAUGAUUAGAGUAGCUGUUGCUUGGAUUUUAUAGGAACCUUGUCGAUCGUACAAUCAUUAUAAUCAGAGAGUGAUUAGACAUCUGAUUUCUCCUUCCUUAAGUCCUCAAACCAGCCUUAUAUUAGCUGUAGCUAAACAUGUAAAAAAGUUUCAAUCAAUCUGUUUGUUCUGAAAGUUCAACCUGCAGAAUGUGGAAUGAAGUGAGAAUAGUCUCAUAUGCCACUGAUUUCUCAUCUGACCUGUUCACGAGCGCAGACUAGCCAGAUGGCAAUUAACUUUCUUUAAAUAGUUAAUUGUAAAUGUCAUAAGUGUGAAGCAGACACAACAUUCUUCUUACACUUAGUGUACAUAUGUAUUCCAGUGGUUGCUUCUUUAUCUGAGCAUUACAUAUCUCACAGUCACCUCAAAAUAAGCUCCAACUCCCCCAAUCCUAUAUCCUAAUCCCAUUUGUACAUACACAGCUUCAUGAUUUGGAAUAGCAGAGAUCGUUUGUUAGGUUGUAAAAGAGGCAAUCAGAAGAGAACUACUGUCCAUUUUUUAAACAGCAAACUUGCCUCUAAUAUACAAUUUUGGGAACAUAUGUCUAGUCUGAGUCUUGCUGGCAUCAAAAGAAGAAUGUCCAUUUUUUUCUAGUCAUCUAUAGAGACAUUUCAAAAUAUUUUUAAUGAAUACAUUUAUAUAUUUUUAUUAUAUAAAGAUUCCAAGUAAAACAGAAUUAGAGGUGAGCACAGGCUACCUAAUGAUAAACUGCUAGUUGUGAGAGUCCCAGACUGUUAGAUUUGCAUCAUAGCUUAGGCAAAACUACAGAAGCAAAUGCCAAACAUAUCUUGUAAUUUGGGGGUAAAUGGGACAUUGUAUAAGCUGCAGUUUUGGCUGUACAUGACUGCCUUGGAUACUAAAUCUGCUCCGAGCCAGUGCUGAGAUUUCUAACGUUGAACUUUAAUGCUGGAUUGAUGUUAGAUCACAUUGGACAAAUUGUUCGAACCAAUAUACUUUAUAAUGUCCUUUAUUCACUUUUUACAAAGUAUUCUUUUUGUCUAGCACUUUUGACAAUAGACAUUGCCACAAAGCAGCUUUCCGAAGAUCUAGGCUUACAUCGAGACUCUUAAUGAUCAAGCCAGGGGUGCCAAUGCAAAAAUCUCCAUGUCGACUGAUUCACUACUUGUCUUACAGCACAUCAUCAGAAUGUCGCUGAAAGUGAAUUAUUACUUGCCAACUAAGGCUUGGGGGGAGUCAACUCAGAGCUGAUGACCUGUAUAAGACCACAGCAGUCAGAUUAUGUAUGUCCCUUGAAAUGCUUUUACUCAAAAUCUAACAUCUGCCAUUAUUACCAAUUUUUGUGCUCAUUGUGCAAUUUUACAAACACAAGCAACAGGUGGUUUAUAGUAUUAAACUGAAAACAUAUUGAGUGUGUAGGGUUUGAGAACCCUGGCUGUGUUGUUAGCAUUAAAACUUGAUAACGUUAUUUAUUCAAAGGGUAUGUCAUACAAAUAAGGGUGAAAUAACAUGAAGAAUUUGAUGCUCUCUAGGUAUGUUUUAGCACAUUUUAAUAAGGAUGUAAGAUUUUUGUUUGUAAUUGUAUUAGAAAGUUAAGGUUUUUUUUUCUUUUUAUAAAACAUUUCCUAAAUAUUUAAAAAUUCUAUAUUUUCACUAUUUUACAGACUUGGUAAGAAGAAAUGAGCCAUAUAAUUAACUCAAUUUAUAGUUAUUGAUUUUCAUUGAUAUUAAUCAAAAAGGUUAGAGGAAAAAUCUAAUUUUAUGACAUUUAUACUAUUUAUGUCCAAAUUAUACAAACUGUCAAAGUUUUCAAAAUCACUUUAAUACAUGUUUAAUAUUAAUAAAAAACUUUUUAUAACUACUUUCAGUAAUGAAAUGCAGUAUAUAAAGGAAUUUUUUUUGCAGAGUGUGUUUACAGUUUUGAGAAGAUUUAUUAUUUGCCUUUUUGUGCUAAACAGUUUUUACUUGGUUUUGGAUUACGAUGCCAAUGACUUGUGAAUGGUAAAGCAAUGUUCCUGAUUCAGUGUGUUAAGUGCCUUUUUUAUCCAGUUUGGAUAUUGUUUGAAUGGUGAUAGUCUUUUUCUAGGUAAAUAAAACAUGAUGCAUUUUUAUCCUGAUGUUUGAUCAAAAAUUUGUAUGCACAAUAAUUGAAUGUUCUACACCAUAGCUGUUCAUAUUGAAUUUUCAAUUAUUUUAUGAAUAAAAUUUUUGGAGCAUAAA